GUGACGGAGAAGAGUUGUAUGACAACCUCAAAAAGUAGUCAUAAAUUGCAUGGUUAUAAUGGACCAUUAUGUUACACAUCACCGGAAGAUCCGGAUCGUAUAUCACCAACUACGGCUUCCGGAUCAACCGUUACAACAAUCGUAACAUCACGGUAUAACGAAAGUUCUUCGGAAGACGACGUCAAUAAGUCCACGUGCGAUUUGUCAUCUACAACAUUUGUUCCAAACAGUACAAGUGAGAUAUUUGAACCGGACGAUGAACCGCUUGUGGAACCAUGGAAAGAUGAAAUUGAGGAGAAUGUCUUACCAUUUAAGAUGAUUUUAGUGGUUGAAAAUCCAGAUAUGAACGAAAUUAUGACAAAUUUGGAAAUAUUUGUAUCGUCACCAGCAAGAAGAAAUGUCACUUAUAAAUGUCGCAUAACUCGGGACAAGAAGGGAGUUGAUCGCGGUAUUUAUCCAACCUAUUAUCUACAUCUUGAAAAGGAUGAAGAAAAAAGAAUUUUCCUUUUGGCUGCGCGAAAAAGAAAAAAAAGCACCACAGCUAAUUAUUUGAUUUCAAUCGAUCCAACCGAUUUGAGGCGUUACGGCAAUUCUUUCGUCGGAAAAGUCAGAUCAAAUGCUUUGGGUACACAAUUUACAUUGUAUGAUAACGGUGAAAAUCCGAAGAAAUCAUGGGUCAUUGGUGAUUCCAUAAGACAAGAACUUGCAGCUGUCAUUUAUGAUACCAAUGUUCUUGGUUUCAAAGGCCCGCGUAAAAUGACUGUUUUAAUACCCGGCAUUUGCGAUGCUGAAAAUUAUCGACGUCAAGAAAUCCGACCUCUACUAGAAACGAUUGAAAGUUUUUUUUGCAAAACUUUGAUUUUUGAGGAACAAGAAUCAAUUCUGGAAAGAUGGAAGAAUCGAAAAGCGGAUGAUUUGAUAGCCAUGCAUAACAAAAGCCCUGUUUGGAACGAAGAUUCUCAAUCAUACGUCCUUAACUUCCAUGGUCGCGUUACCCAACCAUCAGUAAAGAACUUUCAAAUCAUUCAUGAUGCUGAUCCCAAGUAUAUCGUAAUGCAGUUUGGUCGAAUUGGUUAUGAUGCAUUUACGAUGGAUUUUCGUUAUCCAUUAUCGGCAUUACAAGCAUUCGGUAUCGCUAUGACCAGUUUUCAUGGAAAAAUUGCGUGUGAAUAA